AAGGAGACAAAGAAAGAGGGAGGGAGGAGGAAAACAAAGGGAGUGAGGAGACAGAGAGGCUGGAGAGGAGGAAGAGACAAAAGAAAAGAGGGAGUAAAAGUGACAGAUCAAGAGAGAAGAGUGAUAACAGGAAAGAGGGGGUGAAGGAGGGAGGGGGAGGACAAAAGAGGAGGAAGAAGAGGGGGAAUAAAAGGAGGAGGAAGGACCAAAAAAGAUGGAUGUGAGGGGGAGGAGGAGAGAGAUGCAGGAGGGAGGAGACAGGCAGACAGGGUGAGGAGGAGGAGGAGGAACAGGAAGAGAGAGGAGGAAGGAGCAUCAUCAGGACGCAGACAGACGAACAAACCGGGGAAUCACGGAGCCUCCGCCGCCGCUUCUCAGCCGCUACAGCCGGACACAGACGCAGCAGACCCGGCCGCGGACACGGAGCCAUGGCCGCUGACGGCAGCCGAUCCACGGCCUGCACCGGCUCCAGCCUGCUGCAGCCGGUCAGCGAGAUCACCAACCUGCCGCUGGACCAGGUAAACUUUGUGGUGUGUCAGCUCUGUGCUUUGCUGUCAGCCUUUUGGUUUCGUCUCUUCCUCCAUCCCAGUAAAACCAGUCCCUUCAUCAGACACGUGGUGGCGACGCUGCUGGGACUCUACUUCGCUCUGUUCUGCUUCGGCUGGUACGCUCUUCACUUCCUGGUUCAGAGUGGACUCACCUACGGCAUCAUGAUCCUGACUGGAGUUGAGCACAUGCACAAGUACUGCCUGUUGGUGGCUCUCAGCUAUCUGAGUCUGUGUCAGAUCACUCGAGUCUACGUCUUCGACUAUGGCAUGUACUCUGCUGACUUCACCGGCCCCAUGAUGGUGAUAACACAGAAAAUCACCAGCCUGGCGUUUGAAAUCCAUGAUGGAAUGGCACGAAAAGAAGAACAUCUGACCCCAGGACAGAAGAUUUUGGCAAUAAGGAGGAUGCCCAGUCUGCUGGAGUACUUCAGCUACAACUGUAACUUCAUGGGGAUCCUGGCUGGACCCACCUGCUCCUACAACGACUACAUCGCCUUCAUUGAGGGAGAUCCUCGUCGCCAUAGAGACCAGGAGGCUGACAGGAAGUCCAACGGCAAGCUGAGGCAGAGCGAGCCCUCGCCAAACACGGAGGUCGUCCGUAAAGUGGCCACCUCCUUCUUCUGCCUCCUGGUCUUUCUGUCGGUGUGUAAAGUUUUCCCUGUGGAACGAAACAUCGACGAUGACUUCAUCGCCAACACGCCGUUCUACGCUCAGGUGGUCUACCUGUACCUGUCCAUGCUGACCACCAGACCCAAGUACUACUUUGUCUGGACACUGGCUGAUGCCAUCAACAAUGCCGCCGGCUUCGGCUUCAACGGCUACGACAGUGAUGGUUCUCCUCGCUGGGACCUCAUCUCCAACCUGAGGAUCCUGAACAUCGAGUUUGCCACCAGCUUCAAAGUUUUCCUGGACAACUGGAACAUUCAGACAGCACACUGGCUCAAAAGGGUGUGUUACGAGCGAUGUCCCUACCACCCGACAGCAGCUACCUUCAUCCUGUCAGCCAUGUGGCAUGGAGCUUAUCCAGGCUACUACCUCACCUUCCUCACCGGCAUCGUCAUCACGCUGGCUGCUCGAGCGGUCAGACACAACGUUCGGCCACACUUCCUUCAAUCACCAUCCCACAAACUGGUCUAUGAUGUCAUCACAUGGGCCGCCACUCAGAUCGCCAUCUGCUACACAGUGGUGCCUUUUGUCCUGUUGUCUGUUGGUCCAUCUCUAAAGUUUUACAGGUCGUGGUACUUCUGUCUCCAUAUCGGUUGCGUUCUGCUGGCCGUGGCGUUGCCGGUCAAACCGAGACAUCUCCGCCUCAAAGACCAGCAGAAAAACUUCCCCCAGCGGCCGGUCCAGCACCACCUGGAGGCUACAGACAGCAACUGCAGCCAGAAGGAAAAAACCACAUGAGACAGAUAACAAAGAACAAUCACCUACAACAUUAUAUUUCCAUUCACUUGUAUAGAAAGAAGAGGAAGUGAACCACAUCAAACGGACCUGCCUUCUGUCCGGGGUACAGAAACAUGACGGUCAAGUUAAAACCUGUAUUAUUUGGAUUUUUGGGGUGAUGGAAGCAAAAACGGGCCCCGAAUUUUGAAGGCCAGUGUUGUACUCGAUGAAGUAUUUUCCCAUAAACAACUGCCAGGAUAACAUUUGGACUUCGAAAACCAACAGAGGUGAACAUUUUUUGGGUCAGGUGGUAGGUUCAGACCAAUCUGCGGUGAUGGAGGAUAUAUAUAUAUAUAUAUAUAUAUAUAUAUAUAUAUAUACACACAUAUAUAUAAAGUACAUAUAUAUACUGAACUGUCACGGCCACCUGUGUAGUGUUAAACUGACUCCAUUUUCUUUCUGGUCAGAAAUCUGCUUACUGUCCAUCUGCAGGAAUGAAAAAAUGACUGAACGACAGUAUGACAGAAUGAACAAGUGAAUGAGUUGUGUGAGAAGAAGUUAGGUGAAUGGAUGAAUGAGCAGGCCAGUGAGUUAGUGCAUUAAACAAGUAAAUGAAUGAACAAAGAA